UCCCAGCCCUGUUUUGGGGCCAGUCCCCUUCCCAGGUGAGUGGGAUCGCUGGUACUGCCUUGGCUGGGGUCUGGCACGGAGCAGGGUUUGGCAGUGGAGCAGGGUUUGGCAGCGGGGCGGUAGCAUGUUCCUGGGGACGGGCACUCCACAGCACCACGCUGUGGGUAGCAGAGGGGGACUGUAAUAUGCUGGUAAUUGCAGAACCUCAACUUGAUGGGGAUGGGGACAGGGACCAGGCAGCGCAGGAUGAGCCCCAAAUCCCCAGGGAUGAGACUCUGGCCAUCCAUAUCCCUGUGUAAAGCUCACAGAGACCCGCUCUGUGCCCCGCUGGGGCAUGGAUGUCCUCAGAGGCAGCGUGCCAGCAGUGGCACUCCCUCAGCUCCGUGCUGGGUAGCAAACCCACAUCCACUCAGAGUGGCAGUGCUGGGGCUGCAGCGUUCCCAUGGCAAAGCCUGUUUGCCAGAGCAACGCUCAGCUCCCCACUGGGCCACCUCACCAGCAAGCCCAGAUCCUUCUCCUAGGAACUUUUUCACCCGUAAGGGUGUUUCAGAGGGUCUGGGCAGUCUCACAGAGCUUUCUUUUCCUGGAGAGGUUGGGGAGUGUCCACAGGGGGACAGGGCACGUGAGCCCCGAGCUCCCUGAAUCCAGGGCGAUGGAAGCGAGAGGUCCCCUGGCUCCUGCCUUUCAGUUGCAACUUCUGCUCCUCUGCAGCUGGGAUGUUGCUCCACUGGGGUGUGCAGCGUUUCCUGUGCCCGGGUGCGGCUGGGCAUGAGUGGCAGGGCUGGCUUCCUUCCCCAAUUUUACCCCGCUCCCUUCUCGGCAGCCCAGAGGGACAGUGUGCAGCCCCCAAAGCGGUGGCAGUGAUGGGGGCUGGUCCCAGUGGGCAGCAGCCUGCCAGGGUGGGACGCAGCCACAUCCCAGUCCCUGUGUUCCUGGAGAGCCACUUCUAACCUGGACCUUGAGAGCAAGAAAGCCGCCCCUGCCAAGCUGCCAUGGCAGCAGCCUGUGAACGUCUUCCUGGCAGCUGGGCGCCCACCGGGCAUGGAGCAGCUGCACCAGGAGGCCCAGCUCAACCUCCAGAGCUUGCUGCAAGAGGAGUAUGAGGAGCAGUACACCGAGAGCAGGGUCACUGGGCAGACCUUCCGCACCGCUGGUCACCCCGACACCCCCCCUGAACCGUCACCUCGACCCCCACCUGCCAAGCGUCUUGAGUUCGUGCUUAUGCCCCCGAGCCGGCGAGCUGCUGAAGAGGAGAGCACCAGUAGCACCCCCCUCAGCGCUCGUCCCCCUGACGCCUCCCUGAGCCUCCCCACCAGCCCAGACAAGCAGCCCCCCUGGCCCAGGGCCUUCCCCCUGCCCCCCGUGGAGGAGAAGCAGUGGCACCAGCCCGGCACCAUCCAGACCAACAUCGUCCCCAUUAAUGUCUCGGGGCAGCACUUUGCUAGGCUCGCGAGUGCUCGUCACUCCCUGUUUAACACAGAGACCGCGAUGAACCCAAAGUCCACCCUGCGGCGUAGACGGACCAUUAUUGGAUUCCCUAACCUGUCCCUGCGAGACCAAGGCAGUGCCAACGGCCCCACAUCCAGCACACACGCGCCCAUCGCUGAGUCCCUCUCUUGCAGCUUUGUGCCUGAAGCCACAAGUGGGGGGACGGCACCCCAGGAAAUCAGCUCCCGCCAGCCCCUCUCGGCCCCACUGAGGAAGACCUUCAGUGACCUUGGGGCCCGCUGCUGCCAGCCACCUGCUGCCAUGGACGGGGCGGCCACCCCUUGUGCCAGCACCUGCAAUGGGAUGCAGGGCACCCCUUUCUCCCCACCCUGGAGCACCCUGGGCUAUGGGAGCCCCCCCAGCCCCACCGCCGGCUUGGGAAAGGGGCCCACCUGCACAUCACCAGGUGGCUCCAUCCCAUUGCCCAGCCCAGGCUCACCCGCCACUGCCACCCCCUCCUUCUUCAUCGCCACGGAAGAGCGCAUGGGCAACAAUGGGCCCAGCUUCUUCUCCGGCCCGGUGCCUGCAUCCCCCCUCACCUCUGGGUGCAUCCAAGAUGCCAAGGGGAACUUCUUGCCAGGAAGCCGAGAGGAGCCGGAGCCAGCAGCAGGGCCAGCACGGCUGGAGGUGGAGCGGGCAGGGUGCCGGUUCCGCGAGCGGUCACUGUCGGUGCCCACGGACUCAGGGUCCCUCUGCUCCAUGGACAUCGCGUACGCCGAGACUCGGCGGGGCAGCGCCAACUAUGUCCUGGGCUACCCCAGCGCCAGCUCCGAGGGCAGCACCAGCACUGACAACAUCUCACUGGGGCUGGAGCCCGAGGGCCAGCGGCGGCGGCGCUCCAAGAGCAUCUCCCUGAAGAAGGCCAAGAAGAAGCCCUCACCGCCUACCCGCAGUGUCUCCCUGAUCAAAGAGGGGCAGGACGAUGAUGUGGGGCUCAGUGCAGCGUUGCCCAAGGACCAUCGGCCCAAGAGCCUGUGCAUCCCACCGGAGCUCCAGGGCCACCGGUUGGUGCAUGCUGACCCUCAGGGGAGUGCGGGGAGGGAGCCUGACGGCACAGCUGCCCCCCACCAGUGGCAUCUCACAGACUGGAAGGGAGGCAGUGAUCCCUACCGAUCCCUCUCCAGCUCGAGCACAACCACGGGGACUACGGCCAUCGAGUGCGCCAAGACACGGGGCAGCUCCGAGUCCCUUGUGUCCCCUUCCAUCUCCAGGGCCACAACACCCUCCCAGCUCUCUGCCGAGGCAGACCUCAAGACCUCCUCUCCAGGCAGGCCCACAGGACUGAUGUCCCCAUCCAGUGGGUACUCCAGUCAGUCAGAGACCCCAACCCCCACCGUCCCCACCUCUGCCAUCCUCGGGCACUCCCCACACCAGGUGCGGGUGAGGCCGCUGGUCCCUGAAAGGAAGUCCUCGCUGCCCCCCAUAUCCCCCAUGGAGAGGAGCCCCAAGGGCAGGCUGUCCUUUGACCUCCCCAUGACUCCACCUGCCCACCUCGACCUCUCGGGGCUGAAGAUCUCCCUGAAGGGGAAGACGAAGGUCAGCCGGCACCACUCUGACUCCACCUUUGGCACCAAGCUGGCCCAGAAGACCAGUCCCAUCAUGCCCAUCAUGCCAGUAGUGACACAGUCUGACCUCCAGUCUGUCCGCCUCCGCUCCGUCAGCCGCUCGGAGCCAGAGGACAAUGCCGAUGGCCCAGAACAUGUUGAGGAGCCAGCGCGUGGCCCCUGCCCAGGGCCAGAGAGGAAGGUGAAGCCACCUGUGGCAGAGAAGCCACCUCUGGCCAAGCGCCCUCCAUGCAUCCUGCCCAAACCCCCAGCUCUGCGGGAGGAGGGUCCCCUGUCCUCCAUGUCCCCACCAGGCACCACUGCCAAGGAGAAGGGGGUGCCCCAGGAUGGCUUCGUGGUGCUGCGGAGAGGGGAGCUGAGGAGGGGUCUGGGGGAGCCCUCCUUGUCCCUGACCCCAGCAGGGCCCCGGCGGCUCUCACAGGGCAGCCUGGAGGAGCUGCAGCCGGAGCGGAGCGGUGCCGCCGACAGGGAGCGGAGGAAGGCCAAGGUGCCACCACCGGUGCCCAAAAAGCCCAGCGUGCUCUACCUGCCACUCAUGCCAGCCCCGGCACAGGUGGGAGCCAGCAUGGGGGACCUGCCACCCACCCCCAGCCCCAUCAUCACACUGGACGCUGACCCCACCUGCUGCGACCCCGAUGCUGAGGAUCUGCCGUCCCCCAAGGCUGUGGACACCGUGCAAGCUGGUGACCCUGCCUCGGAGCAAGGCAGCUCAGCAGAGGCCAGCACAGAGGAGAAGAGCUUUGCCAGCGACAAGACAGCUGAGUCCAUUGUGGAGGAGGAUGAUGAGGUGUUCACGACAUCCCGCACCACGGAGGAUCUCUUCACAGUGAUCCACAGGUCAAAGAGGAAGGUCUUGGGCAGGAAAGAACCUGGUGAUACCUUCAGCAGCCGACCCACCUCCCACUCACCUGUAAAGACUUCAGGCUCCCCAACCAGUGAGUCGCCGGCAGCAGCAGGCAGCAGCGGGAAGUCUUCCAGCAGGAACAAGGAUUUUAAAGCCCUGCUUCAGAAGAAGAGCAGCAAAACUAGCCCCGGUACCCGGCCAUCUGCCGCUGAACUGCUCAAGACCACAAACCCACUGGCCCGGAGGGUCAUCACAGAGUUUGCCCCUGAGCUGGACAGUGCAAACAGCCCCAGGAGCCAGCCCUGACCACGCAGGGGCCCCUCCAGCCGGAGGGGUGGCGAUGGCUGCAGAGGGAGCGCUGCUGCCAGGGGCUGUUCCGGCUGCCAGGGGCCCCUGUGUCCUGCCAGGGGGUUCUGCUUCUGUUUCUUGCUUGGAGAGCUGCUGGCAGAGAGGCAGCAGCUGGAGCCCAAGUCCCCAUGUCUCUGGGCCCUUCCCAGGAGGGAAGAGGCAUCGCGGUGCCUGGGACUGGCCCUGGUUGAGCCAGCUCCCGGGAUCAAAGAUGCCCACCCAGGAAGCAGAGUGGGACCACAGCCCCUGGCAUCACCCCAUGCCUGCAGCAAAGCAGCUUGAGACUCUUUGGACCCUUCGGCAUGUGGUACUUUAAACAGCUUUUCUAAUGCA